CGUUGUUACGCUCUGGAGUACUCUUAUGUCAGGGAGCUCGGGAGAGCUAAACAUGGCGGAUGGAAGCCUUACCAGAAGUACUUGGUAGGUACUUAUGUGACGUGACACCCUUUCAAACAUUACGUCGCAUCUCAACCAAGUUGUUGGAGUGAGGAACUGUAGCUAUCAAGUCGUUCCGGACUCAUCGUCAUCCGCUUCCAGUUCGCUGCUUUUUAAGAGGACUGCCGGAGUUCGCCCCUCUUCUAAUUGAGCACACCACGGCAUUGCAGGUCAGCGGCAUACUCUUUGUUUGUCUUAUGAAGACAUUUGCCGCUCUCUAAAAUGGCGGCAACAUCAGAUCCUGCCAUUGCAUCUCAGACUUCUUUGCCGCUAGAGCGUGAAAAGCAGGACCUAGCUCCAAAGAGCUACGCUGAAGCAGCCAAAGAAAAUAAGACCGGCGCCGGAGAUCACGAAAAGUACGAUGGCGAUGCAGUGAAUGGAAAGCCAAACCAGCGCGAUCCCAAAGGAGUCAAAGUGGGAAAGAGCGAAACUAGGGUGAUCUAUGAAGAGGUCGACGGUUUGGAUGGCGGGAGACUGGUUAGUGUGAGGCUGAACAACACAGGCAAUGAUUCCAGUAGCUUGCAAGAGGGAAGAUCUUCUGAAGAUGGGCGGCUGGUCAGUGGCCGCAACGCUGAGGCUGGGUGGGAAGGGGCCGGAAUCCAUUGGGCACCCCUCCAUGUCCCCCUGCGACGUCGAUUACAGACGCUGGUCGUGCUAUGUCACACCCUUUGCGUUCCUCUGACCCUGACGAUAUUUUUCCUUCUUUGUGCCAUCCCGCUUUUCUGGCCACUUCUCAUCCCGUAUCUCCUCUACGUCUUGUUCUCGCGUGCCUCGACAUCCGGCGAACUCUCACAUCGUUCGGAUCGUUUCCGAUCUUCUCGCAUCUGGUCCCUCUAUGCAUCAUAUUUCCCUGCGAGACUUCACCGCUCGGAGGAGUUACCGCCAACGCGAAAAUAUAUAUUCGGCUUCCAUCCUCACGGAAUCCUUUCUCAUGGCGCAUUUGCCGCGUUCGGAACUGAGGCAUUAGGCUUCUCCCAACUAUUUCCUGGAAUCACCAAUUCUCUACUCACGCUUGAUUCGAACUUCAGACUUCCAGUCUAUCGCAAUUACCUCCUCGCAAUGGGACUUGCUUCGGUGAGCCGCGAGUCAUGCCAAAAUAUCCUUUCCAAAGGCGGGCCCAACGGUGAGGGUAUGGGCCGAGCCAUCACCAUUGUUGUUGGCGGUGCCCGUGAAUCUCUCGAUGCUCAACCUCAUUCUCUUCGCUUGGUGUUGAAACGCCGCAAAGGGUUUGUCAAGCUUGCGAUUCGGCAGGGAGCGGAUCUUGUUCCGGUUCUCUCUUUUGGAGAGAAUGAUAUUUACAAUCAACUACAACCUAAUGAGCAUCCUUCCGUAUUUAAAGUUCAGCUCUUGAUCAAAAAGCUUUUGGGCUUUACUAUUCCUCUCUUCCAUGCUAGAGGAGUGUUCAACUACGAUUUUGGCAUGAUGCCCUACCGUCGACCGUUAAACAUUGUCGUCGGCCGCGCGAUCAAAGUAACUCAGCAGAGCAAACCAGAAGACGCGUAUGUAGAUCAAAUUCACGAAAUGUACGUAAUGGAGUUGGAGCGGCUCUGGGAAGAUUGGAAGGAUGUUUUUGCAAAAAAUCGGACAGCUGAGUUGGAGAUUGUUGAAUAACCUAGUCAGCUCAAAUUUCAGAUUCUGCAAUGCUGAUGCUUCCAUCUACAAUUGUUCUUUCAAUGCCUGAAAAUUGAAUUAAUUACAUGGAAUUCAAAAUUUAGACAUUAUCAAUGGCAAAGGAUCGGGCGAUUCUGGAUAUCAGCUAUAGCCCAUCGGCUCUCGCCAAUUGGUCAUGUUAUCAAGAACGGUCUACUUUGCAGUACUUCCUGUCGCGUCCGGUCUCGUUGCAAUCUAAUCCUUGCACAAGAAACAGAGAGUUGCAAGAAGCUGGCACAGGAUUGGCUGAUAGAACUAGAAUAUGGAUUAGAAGUUUUAUUGAAAAGGCAAGACGUAAGUCAAGCAGACAAUAACGAGCAGCCGGAGGUAUGACUUUUCUUUAAACAAUACACCACACGGAACACCAGAAAAUUUAUAGUACAUGUUCAACUUAAAUACUCUAGCCUCUCGUAGUUCGCCUCUCUUCUGCUUGUCUCUUGGCUCGAACCUCGG